UCAAGGUGGAGGGAAGGCCACAUAAGCUGACGCCCUCAGGGAAUUGGCUCAUUCUACCUCAACACUUCUUUGCGCUUCUUGGAGGACAGGUUUGAAGAGCUCACACUCGGCGGUGCUCGACUCGACUCGCACGCACAGGAGGCAACAACACACCACACACACACUCUCGACUCAGCGUUUACAUUGCAGACCCUUGCUGCAGUCAUGAGGACGACUUCUAUUUUGGCAUGUGCCAUUGUCGCCGCGGUGCUCAUUUCGGAUGCAGCGCACGCCAGACCUUCUCCUGAGGCUGCCCUAUCUGGCGGAUACAGCUACAACCCUCCAAGUGGCCCGCGUCUCAACUACCUGCCCCAGAGGCGGGCCCCUGAAUACCGAGCCAAGGCAGCCGAAGUCACCAUCGAGCGUGUUCCCAUGCGUCUGGUCCACCAGAGCAUCGAGCAGCACCACCGCCCGCACUACCACAUCCACCCCAGCGGCCCGGCGCGCCGAGGCCCCUUCAGCUUCCCCACGGGCCGCCACUAUGAGCCAAACCAGCGCUUCCUCUUCCCCUCGGCCGCGGCGUCGCAGCAGAUCCAGCGCAACAACGACGUGUUCCCCAGAAACAACCAGCACUUCGCUCAGCUGAGGAUCGACUCCGAGAUGAGGCCCCCUGCGCACUCCACCCCGUCCUACGGCUACAACUAUGACCGGCCAGCCGUUACCCUGACCACGACCACCAGCACCACCACCGAGGCCGCCCCAGUGUCGACGACCACUGCCGAGGCGACGACAGAGGUACCCGAGCACGAGAAGCCGCGCAUCACUAUCGCCAUCAGCAAGUCCACCGUCAUCCACACCGGCAAGGGCAGCUAUGAGAUCGACGAGAAGACCGGCAAGCCGAAGCCGAUCGUGGCCGAGGCGCACAGCUUCGCCAUCGACGACCCCGCCGGCACCAACAAGUCGGAGCCGACCGACCACCUGGCCGGCGAGGGCACCGGAAACUUCCCCGUCAUCACCAGAGGCACGCCGCCGCAGGACGAGGAGCCCAUAACCGAGAGCGACGAGCCCAUCAGCGAGGAGCCAGCGACGACCACCGAAAACGCCGAAGCCGACGCCACCACCCCCAGCCCCGCGGCGCCGCCGACCGACGCGUCUCCCUACUCGACCUCGUGGCCGCCCGUGGGGCAGCACUCCUACUCGGUGAUCGCCCCCGGCCAGGCGCAAUUCGUGUCCCUGGGACACGUCGACCCCGGGGUCGUCGCCCUGUCGCAGAACAAUUUGGUUCCGGCCUACAUCCAGCCCGAAAUCGCGCACCCGACCUACAGCAGCGCCUACCACCCGUUCGCCCCUGCAGCUACCUUCUACUACCAGCCCCUGUUCGGGCCGUACACCAACCUGAUUGAGUACGCGCCUCCCCAGGAACUAUGCAAGGUCGCCGAGCCGGUGGGCAAAGCCGCUGUUGAGGCGCCCGCGCUGGUCAAGGCGAAUAGACUAGUCAUCACCAAGGGUGGCAUCGCUAUCGCGGGUCCCGGCGGCUUCGCUGACUCCGGAGAGGGUGGCACCUCCAUCGUUGGCCCUGGCGGCACCGCUUACUCCAGUCCGAACGGCGUUUCUGUUGUCGGUCCCGGUGGCAAGGUGGUGCACCAGGCGGACGGCACGGAAAGAAUCCUCGCUAAAGGCCCCAUCGUGUACUACCACCACGCCUAAAGUUGUUAACCAACACAUUAACAGACUUGUUGGUGAUUCAACCUAUUUUGUUUUUACUGCGGCAUCUUGCUUAUUGUUAGUUAAUUAAUUAUAUAGCUCUCUGCGAGAAUGUUGAAUUUGUUACCGUUUUUAAAUAAUUAUGUAACAAUAAAUUGUUAAUUUAUAUAAUGGAAAAUUGGCAAAACCCUUGUAUUUCUUUUUUUAUUUUCUUUUGUCUUAAUGAGAUGAAGUCCGUGCCCUUUCGCAGUGCCUUUUUUCUUUAGAUGUUAUUUAAGUCUAAUUUGUUUUAUUUUUAACAUUUCUUCGAUUUCUUCUUUAAAAUAAUAUGCGUUUUAAUAAAUAACAUGCUCUGCCAAUUUGCCACAGUUAAAACUAACAAUUCAUCGUUGCAGUCACAUUUUCAGAAAUUGCAUUUUUCACAAAAACCGUCAGGAAUUCUCUCGCGGGUGUCAAAUUUCUGUCACACAGCACAGGAGCAAGCUGCCUCAUAAAUUUUAAGUUUUAUCUGCGUGAAUACCCGUGCCUUUUCCAAGAAAUACCGUCACAUUUUAUAUCAUAAUCCCCAAGCAACAGCAUUUGACUAAGUUAUUUUACAUCAACUCAACUCUUGUAAAUCUGUACAUUUUAUCAGAUCGCAAUUUAAAAAGUUUUAACGCUCGAACGCCCCUUCAUUAUGAAACAUUUUAUUACUCAGUGCAACAAAGAGCCCUUCAUUUCACAUUUGCAUGUCUUAGUCGCCUCGAUUACCAGCAAAAACUUGCCGAGCAUGUUAAUGCAAACACAACAUCUCCCCGUGAUCUUGAUACAGGAUGGUUCACAUUAAUCUCUUGAGGCGAUCCGAGCAUUUGAGAUCUUUUAAUUUGAAGUGACGCCGCCAGUUUUGAGCUGGCUGCAUCAUUAAUCAAGCGUUCUUCACUUUAGUAGCUUGACUCUUGCGCGUUUACAAACGAGAGUUGCAAAUGAACAAAAUAUAUUUUAUGCGUAUCUGUAUACAUACACUAAUUAAAAUAACUGUUCUCCAGAGUAGGAAAUUGAUGGAUAUAAUUUUAUCAUGUGAUCAUUGUAUAUUUUAUCAUUAGCAUGUAAUGCAGUUGAGGAAACUCGCAAUAAAAGAGUAAAAUUUA